ACCCCCUCUCCCUCUCCUGCACCCCUUCUGCCCCCACCCCGAGCUCCCCGCCCCUUUCCCGGUGCUCUCUCCACCACUCCGCGCGUCCCUCCCGGCGCCCUCGCCUCGCGCCCCUCCGCCUCUCUCCGCUGCGCCCCAGCUCCCUGAGCGCUUUGCCCCUCAACACUGGGUCCCCAGCCUCCUCGCGGCGUCACCCGCACCCCCUCCUCUCUCCUCGGCCCCCGCUCCCUCCGCCCCCUUCCCUCUCUCACUUCCCACGCCCCCUCUUCGCUCUCCUCUCCCCUCCCUUUGCCGCCCAGCCCCGGCUCCGUAGUUGGGGGGAGAGCCCAGGGUUUCCGUUGCUCCGGAGGAGGCGUGAAUCGCGCAGGGAUUGACUAAUUUGGGGUGGGGGGCGCGGUGGGCUAUGGAACAGCCCGAGGACAUGGCGUCGCUGAGCGAGUUCGACUCCUUGGCGGGCAGCAUCCCGGCCACCAAGGUGGAGAUCACCGUGUCCUGCAGGAACCUUUUGGACAAAGACAUGUUCUCCAAGUCUGACCCACUAUGCGUCAUGUAUACUCAAGGGAUGGAGAACAAGCAGUGGCGGGAGUUUGGACGCACCGAGGUCAUCGACAACACACUCAAUCCCGACUUUGUGCGCAAGUUCAUCGUGGAUUACUUCUUCGAGGAGAAGCAGAACCUCCGUUUUGACCUGUAUGAUGUUGACUCCAAGAGUCCUGAUUUAUCCAAACACGAUUUCCUGGGCCAGGCCUUCUGCACCCUUGGAGAGAUUGUGGGGUCCCCUGGGAGCCGCCUGGAGAAGUCCCUCACAAUAGGAGCGUUCAGCCUGAAUUCCAGGACAGGCAAGCCCAUGCCGGCUGUGUCCAACGGCGGUGUCCCAGGGAAGAAAUGUGGCACCAUCAUCCUGUCCGCUGAGGAGCUCAGCAACUGCAGGGACGUCGCCACAAUGCAAUUCUGUGCCAACAAGCUGGACAAGAAGGAUUUCUUUGGGAAGUCUGACCCCUUCUUGGUGUUCUACAGAAGCAACGAGGAUGGAACGUUCACCAUCUGCCACAAGACGGAGGUCAUGAAGAACACCCUAAAUCCAGUCUGGCAAACUUUCUCCAUUCCCGUGAGAGCCCUCUGCAACGGGGACUAUGAUCGGACCAUCAAGGUGGAGGUGUACGACUGGGAUCGAGACGGCAGCCAUGACUUCAUUGGGGAGUUCACCACCAGCUACCGGGAGCUGGCCCGCGGGCAGAGCCAGUUCAACAUCUAUGAGGUGGUAAACCCAAAAAAGAAAAUGAAGAAAAAGAAAUAUGUGAAUUCGGGCACAGUCACGCUGCUUUCCUUUGCUGUGGAGUCAGAGUGCACGUUUCUCGACUACAUCAAAGGAGGGACCCAGAUCAACUUCACGGUGGCCAUUGAUUUCACAGCCUCCAAUGGGAACCCCUCACAGUCAACAUCGCUGCACUACAUGAGCCCCUACCAGCUGAACGCCUACGCGCUGGCGCUGACCGCCGUCGGGGAGAUCAUCCAGCACUACGACAGCGACAAGAUGUUCCCCGCCCUCGGCUUCGGGGCCAAGCUGCCCCCGGACGGCAGGGUGUCCCACGAGUUCCCGCUGAACGGCAACCAGGAGAACCCCUCGUGUUGUGGCAUCGAUGGCAUCCUGGAGGCCUAUCACCACAGCCUGCGCACGGUGCAGCUCUACGGCCCCACCAACUUCGCCCCCGUGGUCACGCACGUGGCCAGGAACGCGGCCGCAGUGCAGGACGGCUCCCAGUACUCGGUGCUGCUCAUCAUCACAGAUGGGGUCAUCUCGGACAUGGCACAGACCAAGGAAGCGAUCGUCAACGCCGCCAAACUCCCCAUGUCCAUCAUCAUCAUCGGCGUGGGCCAGGCAGAGUUCGAUGCCAUGGUGGAGCUAGAUGGCGAUGAUGUGCGGAUCUCCUCGCGGGGAAAGCUGGCCGAGCGGGACAUUGUCCAGUUCGUGCCCUUCAGGGACUACGUGGAUCGCACGGGCAACCACGUGCUGAGCAUGGCGCGCCUGGCCCGCGACGUGCUGGCCGAGAUCCCCGACCAGCUGGUGUCCUACAUGAAGGCACAGGGCAUCCGCCCGCGCUCCCCGCCCACGGCCACGGCUCGCUCUCCCCCGCAGUCGCCGGCCCGCACACCCCCAGCUUCCCCGCUGCACACGCACAUCUGAGCGCGUGGUCUGCUCAGAUGGCUGGGGCUUAGGCCAGUAGAAAGGUGGGCGGGGCGCCCAGACCCUGCUGCGGUCCACCCCGCCCAGCCUGUGGAACACGUGUGCCUGGGAGGGGGGCGGGGCGGGGCUUCUGGAGACUCCUCCCACACUGCCCCACACCCCGAAGUCUGGAGGUACAGGUGAUGGAGGUGGGGAUCUGGGCCCCUCCUUCUCUUCUUUCACCAACGCCUGGUUCUGGACCAGCCAGGAAGAUGUUAAUCAGGACCAUCGGGGUCCCCCUCAGCCCACCUGGGUAAUCUUCCUCUGCUCCUUUAUCACCCUGAGCCUGGUCUGAGCCUCCCACCACCAGGUCCCCUGCUCCUGUGGUGUCUACCCCUAUACCAGCCCCCUGACCCCCACCUCAGUAUCUAUCCUGUCCCUGUUUCCAGUGAACCCCAUGAGGCUGCUGGGCUUUAAGCAAUGCCCGAACAUGUGACCCCCUCCCUGGGACCCUUGCAUGCAGUGGGAGUACUACAGACCCAUGAAGGAGAUGCUGUGGUAGUGGAUGGAGGCCGCCUGGUAGGCGAGGAAUGGAAGCUUAUCAGGCAUGGAGUCCUUUCUGGUGCCUCUCCAGCCCAGUAUGACGCUGGUUCUAGACAGAAAUCCACAGACCUCUCCUGGUCUGGGCCCAUAGGCACCUUCGCAGUUGGCUUCUGGCCUCAGACAUCCCCUUCUCUCCCCAGAGGCUGCCCAAGGUCCUUGGGGUGCAAUCCUCUACCGCCCACCUGGAGGCUUGGGCAAGAAGCAGCCUGGCUCCAGCACUCUGACACUGCCCCUCUAUCCCAUGGGGAUGGGGGAUCCCUGGAUUCAACCCUGCCUCCAGCCCCUGCUGACUGCAGGAACCCAAGCAAGGCCUUUCUAUCUUCUGGGUCUCAGUUUCCACAUCUGUAAGGCAAGAGGGUUGACCAGAUGGCCCUGGGUUUACCUUUAGCUCUGAUGGCCUGAGAGUUCACAGUCAUCCCAUGUCCAGCUUCCCCCAUCCCACUCCUCACUAAUGCUGCCCUUUAAGGCCGUCUUGGCUCUAGGGUCACCUGUUCCACCCCAUCACCCCAAAUCCACCCUAGUCCCUCAGCCUUGGGCUCCUGGCCUCUGAGCCAGAGCCCUUGCCCCUGUUGUGGGAAAGGUGAGGAAAAUGAUCUCAUGCCUGGGCAACCCCCAGCUGCCCAGCCUUUACCCACCUGGGGAACAGGUCAUGCAUGCCAGUCCCUCCUGCUGCAUGGGGCUCCUCUGCCCACUGAACCUCCCAUGCCUGGUGGAGACCAGGCCACACCGCGUCUGUUGCAGAUCCUGCUUCCCUUCCCAUCAUGCAUGAUGGUGGUGUUUCUAUGCUGUCUGGUCCUGUGCCCGUCUCUGAGACAGUCUCUGUGUGGAAUUUGCCUUAAACUGAAGUAAAUUUGAUUCUUUUACUAAA